AUGGCUUCAGCAAUCUCUCUUUCUGAUGACAUCCACAUCUUCUACAAUAAAAUUUUUCAAAUAUCCAGCCCAGAUGAUGAUGUGGAAGAACCUUAUCUCAUCCUCAGCUUCGUUUACAAUGUUGACGGGGACAGGAUGGAGCAUGAUAUUAUUGCAACGUCAGAACAUAACUUCACUGAAUGCAAUCCAUCUUUUCUUCGAACCUUGAUUGAAGAGAAGGAGCCUCUUCCAUUGGAUGAAAUGAUUGAUCCACAAGAUGCUGAGAUUUCAAGAGAAGGAAUCUCAAACAUCCUCGCUUUGCUGGUAGACGAUUGUGCUCGGGUUGAAGGGCUAAAGAUAUUGGAGGUUAACGUCAUUGUGGAUAUCAGUCUAGAAGAAGAAGAUUAUGUUUUUAUGGGAUUAGAUGAUGCGGAGUUCCUUCACGAGAGACGGAUGAAUUCGUUGCAGAAGAAUGUUUAUAAAAAAUUGGCAAUGGCUGAGAAGGAGAAUGAAAUUUGUGCUAUUUGCUUGCAGGAGAUGAAGGUGGGGGAGGAAGUGGCUUGCACGCCUUGCGUUCACCGAUUUCAUCAUACUUGUAUUAGUAGGUGGUUCGAAAAAUCUGGCUUUUGCCCGUUAUGUCGGUUCAAGAUUGAUCCAUCUUGA